AUGGAUUCUCAAGGGGUAAGCGAGGCCUCAAGCUUUGAGAGCAUGGUUUUUCAAGAGGGUAGCGAGACCUCCAACUUCGAUAACACAGUCGACUACGAAGAAGAUCCUGAGGCCGAAGGACAUUGUUUCUCAGCUGAUGUAGAAUCUGAGUACUUUCAUCACUAUGGUCCCGGUCUAUUCCAUCCUGUCUACAUUGGCGAUAUUUACAAGGAUGGGCGAUACAAGAUAGAGCAAAAGCUUGGGUGGGGAAGCUCAUCUACUGUGUGGGGAGCACGAGAUCUCCAUGACGACAAGUUCGUGGCUAUUAAGGUCAUAGAAUCGAAGGCAUCAGAAAACGAUAAGGAACUUCGAAUCUUGCAACACCUUCGCGAUAGCGAUCUCGAACACCCAGGACGCAAACAUAUUAUCAAGCUUCUUGACCAUUUCUACCAUGACGGCGUAAACGGACGCCAUUUAUGUAUCGUCACUGAAGCAGCGGGACAAACAUUGUAUCAAUAUGUCGACGCUAAAGAUCGGGGCUUGCCAGGUCGCCUAGAUGGCUCUGAGUGUCGCCUCUUUAGCCGGCAGCUCCUUCUUGCGGUUGACUUUAUGCAUAAGUGUAACAUACUCCACGGCGAAUUACACAACUCAAACAUUAUGUUUCUCUUACCCGACUACUGUUACUACGAUGAGCCAUGUAUUUCGCAGGUCACUCGGAAAGAUGGUGAACCUAUAGGCGAGCACAUGCCAAAGCACGUGGUUGGAAAGCCUAGAAUCUCCACUGAUCACGACAAGAAGAAAAACAUGACGUUCGAAAUGACCGUCAAGGUCGUAGACUUCUCCAUGUCGUUCUUUGCCGACGAGCUUCCGACCCAUGUUGCCACCAACCGUUCCAUGCGCCCUCCCGAGAUGAUCAUUGAAAGGCCCGUAUCUAAAGCGAUGGAUAUAUGGCAGCUUGCCUGUGUUACUUAUUGGGCUGCCACACGAAGUGAUCUGUUCGACGUAACCUACGAUACUCGCACUUUAAUACCCCAGAUCCACAAAGUGAUUGGCGAGUCCUCCGCUGAUUGGCUCUUGAGUGCUAUGAUAGAAGGCACAAAGAACGAACUCUGGAAGGAUGUUCCACCUCCUUACGACUUUAACGUUCAACAGCAUAUCUUGGAGAAAACCUUGCGCCUUAGAGUUUACCAUCCUGAUAAGAAUCGUGAUUUCUGGUGGAAAAUGACAGAAUGUGAUAUGAAAAUGGAUGCUGAGGAUGGCGAGCUUAGUGAAAGAGUUGAAAAGAUAUAUAGCGAGAGGCUUAAGCAACAGAAGGAAGCUGCAGCUCUAUACAAACCUCUGGAAGGGAGGCCUGAGGUUGCAAGGUAUAUAGUCAUGCUUGGGAGGUACCUUCGGAGGAUGCUAGUGGUUGAUCCUGAUCAACGUCCGUCAGCGGAAGAACUUCUUACGGAAGCUUUCGUUCAGGAUCUGCGCCUGGACGAUUAUGUAUUAAGUAAUCUGCGGGCGUAG